AUGCCAGAAGCCCCCACCACCAGUUCCCCUGAAGAGCACCGCCGCCUCCUCGCCUUCAUCGAGGACGUAACCAACAACCCCGAUAAAUUUCAGCGGCGCGUCCUCGCCGAAAUCCUCACGCAAAACUCUGCCGCCGAAUACCUCCACCGCCACGGCCUCACCGGCACCUCCGCCGGCGACCCGGAUGCCUUCCGCCGCAUCUUACCCAUCGUUUCAUACAGCGAUAUCCAGCCUGAUAUCCUCCGCAUCGCCCACGGUGACACCUCCCCCAUCCUCGCCGGGCGUCCCAUCAGCGAAUUUCUAACAAGCUCCGGCACUUCUGGAGGGGAGCGCAAGCUCAUGCCCACCAUAGACGAUGAGCUCGACCGCCGCUCCUUCCUCUACAGCCUCCUCAUGCCCGUCAUGUCUCAAUUCGUCCCCAAUUUGAACGCCGGGAAGGGAAUGUACCUUCUGUUUGUAAAAUCAGAAGCCCGAACGCCGGGCGGGCUUCUGGCCCGCCCUGUUCUGACUAGCUAUUAUAAAAGCCGGCAUUUCGUCAAACGGGAACCCGACCCGUACAACGUGUACACAAGCCCAACGGAGGCAAUACUCUGCUCGGAUUCCUACCAAAGCAUGUACGCACAGUUACUAUGCGGGUUGACACAGAACGCGGAGGUGAUGCGCGUGGGGGCUGUUUUCGCCUCCGGCUUAAUCCGCGCAAUCAAAUUCCUGGAGAAGCAUUGGCCGAGGAUGUGCAGGGAUAUGCGUAAAGGGACAAUAGACGAAGAGGUGACGGAUCGGGCGGUUCGGGCCGCAGUGGGGAGAAUUCUCCGGCCCGAUCCGGUGCUGGCGGAUCACAUCGAGGCGGAGUGUAGCAAGGAGUCAUGGAAGGGGAUUAUUCGGAGGCUUUGGCCAAACACCAAAUACAUAGACGUUAUCGUGACGGGCACCAUGGCACAAUAUAUUCCGACCUUAGAUUUUUAUGGAGACGGCCUCCCGCUGGCCUGCACUAUGUAUGCUUCGUCAGAGUGUUAUUUCGGGCUAAAUCUUAACCCGAUGUGCAAUCCCACUGAAGUUGCUUAUACGCUUAUUCCAACCAUGGGAUAUUUUGAAUUCCUACCUGUUUCUCUUGAAGGCGACAAUCACAACCAAGACCUCGUCGAGCUCGCUGAUGUCAAGCUCGGCCAUGACUACGAGCUCGUCGUCACCACCUAUGCCGGUUUGUACCGGUAUCGGGUGGGGGAUGUGCUGAGGGUGACUGGAUUCAAGAACAAGGCUCCACAGUUCAGCUUCGUGAAAAGGAAGAACGUAGGACUGAGCAUAGACUCAGACAAGACUGAUGAAGUAGAGCUUCACGCGGCAGUUGAGAAAGCGGUGAGGAAUCUGGAACCUUUCGGAGCUGCGCUGGCGGAAUAUACCAGUUACGCCGACACGACGAUGAUACCGGGCCACUACGUUUUGUACUGGGAGCUGAGAAAGGGAAGGAAGGAAGUUCCUGCUUCAGUAUUCGAAGACUGCUGUUUAGCUAUUGAAGAAUCGUUGAACAGUGUGUACAGACAGUGUCGGGUGGCAGACGGGUCAAUCGGGCCUUUGGAAAUCAGGGUGGUAGAAGAAGGGAGUUUUGAUAAACUAAUGGAUUAUGCGAUCAGUCAGGGAGCGUCGAUCAAUCAGUACAAGGCGCCAAGAUGCGUGAGACCAGGACAGGUGGUGGAACUCAUGGAGGGGAGAGUGAAGGAGAGGUAUUUCAGCCCAACGUGUCCCAAGUGGAGUCCUGGGAAUAAGAUGUGGAUGGGGAAGAACAAUGGUGCAUGAUCACAAUUAAUUUCAGUCUUUUUUCUGUAUGAAAUUAUGAUCUAUUAGUCCUAGCUGUGGUGCUGCUUUAGGCUACAACUUUGGGAGAAAAGGUUCUUUUGUCCCCCCCCCCGCCCC